AUGCCUGGACGGCUUGAAGAAAAGGUUGCCAUUGUGACAGGCGCCGGGUCAGGUUUUGGCUACGGCAUCGCCAAGAAGUUUGUCGAGGAAGGCGCCAAUGUCAUCAUUGCAGAGCUGUCGCAGCAAAGCGGAGAGAAAGCGGCAGCCGAGCUGAACUGCAAGUUCGUCCUCACCGAUGUGACGAGGCGGGAGUCCUGGCAGGCACUGCUGCAGGCAACACUGGAUGCAUACGGGAAGCUCGACAUUGUCGUCAAUAAUGCUGGUGCGACCUAUAGCAAUAAGCCCACCGUCGAAGUCACCGAUGCAGAUUUUGAUCUGUGCAUGAAUGUCAAUAUCAAAUCAAUCUAUCUGUCCACAAGUGUCAUAGUGCCGUACUUCCUUCAGAAUAACCGGCCCGGAUCGUUUAUCCAGAUCUCAUCGACGGCUGCACUGCGUCCUCGCCCUGGCUUGACGUGGUAUAAUGCUUCAAAGGCAGCUGUAAGCAAUGCGACCAAGACGAUGGCCGUCGAAUAUGGACCCAAGCAGAUUCGUUUCAAUUGUGUAUGUCCCGUCGUUGGUAGUACAGGGAUACUUGAAAGUGACUCACCUUGCUAUGUUUUUAGGACACAUUUAUUUCUUGGUAAGCCGGAUACAGAAGAAAAUCGCGCUGCUUUCGUUUCAACUGUGCCGCUGGGUCGGCCCAGCACUCCUCGGGAUGUUGCGAAUACAUGUUGCUUCCUGGCAAGCGAUGAAGCGGAAUUCAUCACGGGCGUGAAUUUGGAGGUGGACGGUGGACGUUGUGUUUAG